AUGUCUUCCAGUAAUGACCAGGAUUAUAUCCCAUUUUUACAAAGAAACAACAGUGACCUCCCUGAGAUGACCUCCAGUGACCUGAAGACAUUUCCUGAAGGGGCUGUGUUAAGUUUCCAUAACAUCUGCUAUCAGGAAAAAGUGAAGAGUGGCUUUCUUUGUAGGAAAACAGUUGAGAAAAAAUUACUAUCAAAUAUCAAUGGAAUCAUGAAACCUGGUCUCAAUGCUAUUCUGGCACACCAAAGUCGAGGGAAAUCUUUGUUGCUAAAUAUCUUAGCUGCAAGGAAAGAUGCAUCUGGAUUAUCUGGAGAUGUUUUGAUCAAUGGAGAACCUCAAUCUGAUAAUUUCAAAUGUAAUUUGGGUUAUGUGGUUCAGGAUAAUACUGUGAUGGGCACCCUGACAGUGAGAGAAAACUUACAGUUCUCAGAGGCUCCUCCGCUUCCAACAGCUAUGACAAAUCAUGAAAAAAAUGAUAGGAUCAACAAAGUCAUUGAAGAUUUAAACCUGGAUAAAGUAGCAGAUUCCAAGGUAGUGAUUUCUCAGCAGGGACGAAUGGUUAUCUUCUCUAUCCAUAGACCUCACUAUUUCAUCUUCAAGCUGUUUGACAGCCUCGCCAUCUUGGCUUCACGAAAAUUAAUGUACCAUGGUCCUGCACAGAAGGCUUUGGAAUACUUCUCAUCAGCGGGUUAUUCCUGUGAGCCCCACAAUAACCCUGCUGACUUAUUCCUGGAUGUCAUUUAUGGAAAUUCCUCUUCUGUGGUAUUAAACAGAGAGGAAGAAGACCAUGAAGAUAUCCACAAUGAAGAACUUCCUAAGAGAGAAAAAACAGUCACAAAAACAUUAGCUGAGUUUUAUUCUCACUCCUCCUUGUACAAAGACACAAAAGCUGAAUUAGAAGAACCCUCAGGUGGUCUUAAGAAGAGGAGCCCAGCCUUCAUGGAAACCACCUAUGUCACCUUCUGUCACCAACUCAGAUGGAUUUCCUGGCAUUCAUUCAAAAAUGUGCUGCCUAAUUACAGGACCUCUAUUUUGAUAAGUUUUUCACUGGAUUUUGGAAACUUUGCCCCUUGGCUGUCAUGGAUUCAGUACUUAAGUAUCCCUCACUAUGGUUAUAUGGCUUUGCAGUAUAAUGAAUUUUGGGGACAAAACUUCUGUCCAGGACUCAAUACAACAAAAAGCAGUGGCUGUUCCACCUAUGUGAUAUGUACUGGUGAAGAAUACUUGACAGUCCAAGGCAUUGAUCCAUCUCCAUGGAGCUUGUGGAAGAAUCACCUGGCUUUGGCUUGUAUAACUACUAUCCUUCUUGCAAUUACCUACCCAAAAUUGUUACUUCUUAAAAAUAGAUUCCUAAACUCCCUUUAA